AUGCCAUCCGAGGUUGAAAGAGUGAUAGAAAAGGAUGAGGAUGAGAUUGAGGUUACUGAAGAUUCGACAAUUGACACAGAGAAAGAAGCAGAGGUAACCCAAAAAGCUAUUCCCAUGCCUAGACCUCCACCUCCCUUUACACAGAGGUUGGUGAAAAAGACUAAAGAAGGAAAAUACCGCAAGUUUAUAGAAAUAUUGAAACAACUUUCCAUUAAUGUUCUGUUGAUAGAAGCUUUGGAGCAAAUGCCUGGGUAUGCAAAAUUAAUGAAGGACAUGGAUCCUGGAGCUUUCACCAUUCUUUGUACCAUCGGUAUGUUGCAUUUUGCAAAGGCCUUGUGUGAUUUGGGUGCUAGCAUUAAUGUGAUGCCAUUGCCAAUUUAUAAGAAGUUGGGUUUAGGAGCUCCAAAACUGACUGCGAUGCGUUUACUUAUGGUUGAUAGAACUGUGAAGAGGCCCAUUGGAGUGUUGCAAGAUGUCCGUGUGAAAGUAGAGUCAUUCAUCUUUCCGGUGGACUUUGUGAUCUUAGACUAUGAGGUUGAUUCCCAUCAUCUUAGGGAGACUAUUUCUUGCUACUGGGCAUGUGUUGGUUGA